ACAAUACAAAACACGACGUGCAAACCCCAGACCGUACGUUAUGGAGAUUCUACCUUUUAGUGAAAAAUAAAUUUUAAUCUCCUCCUCCUAUAUCAAUUAUCAAAAUUAUCAAUUAUCAAAUACACUCACUCUUCUCAUUACCAAAAAAAAAAAAACACUCACUCUUCUUCCCCCAGUCGCUUCCUCCUCCUCUUUCCUUCUUCCACACACAAACUCUGGGAAAAUCUCUCUCUCUCUCUCUCUCUCGCUUAUAUUUUUUAUUUUUCAUUCGGUCAUCAAAAAUCGACAACAAUGUCGGUGCUGGCGAAGACUGACUCGGAGGUGAGCAGCCUCAGCCAAUCAUCGCCGGCUCGAUCCCCUCGCCGCCCCGUCUACUACGUCCAGAGUCCUUCCCGCGAUUCCCACGAUGGCGAAAAGACCACCAACUCCUUCCAUUCCAGUCCGGUCCUCAGCCCAAUGGGCUCCCCUCCCCACUCCCACUCCAACUCCUCUUUGGGCCCCCAUUCCCGCGAGUCCGCUUCGACUCGUUUCUCUGGUUCCCGAAAGCACAACGCCACCAAUGGCUCUGCACGCAAGGCUGGUUGGAAGCCAUGGAAAGAGAUCGAUCGGUUCGAUGCCAUUGAAGAGGAAGGCCUUCUCGACGACGAUAGGAACUCUCACGGAAUCCCUCGCCGCUGUUAUUUUCCCGCCUUCGUUGCAGGCUUUCUGAUUCUCUUUUCUCUCUUCUCGCUGAUUCUUUGGGGUGCAAGUCGGCCCCAGAAGCCUACAAUCACUAUGAAGAGCAUAACGUUUGAGCAGUUCGUGAUCCAAGCGGGUGCGGAUUUCUCAGGAGUGGCCACCGACAUGGUGUCGAUGAAUUCAACGGUGAAGCUUACUUUUCGAAACACUGCCACUUUUUUCGGAGUCCACGUCACGUCCACACCCCUAGAUCUCUCCUAUUUUCAACUCACUUUAGCCACUGGAACCAUUCGUAAAUUUUAUCAGUCAAGGAAGAGUCAGAGAUCUAUUACGGUGGUGUUGAGAGGAAACCAUAUUCCACUGUAUGGAGGAGGAGCUAGCUUGAGCAGCUUGAAUGGUGCACCCAAUCAGCCUGUGCCACUUACACUGGUUUUCAUGGUUCGGUCAAGAGCUUAUGUUUUGGGAAAACUGGUCAAGCCCAAGUUUUACAAGAAGGUCGUGUGCUCUGUGGUUAUGGAUCCUAACAAGAUGAAUGUGGCUAUCAAACUCAACAACAAGUGCAAUUACCAGUGAUCAAUGAUCUACGUAAAUUAUUAUUAAAAAAAAAAAAAAAAAACUCUAAUUUAUAUUGUACUUGUCAUAAUCAACUUAAUUUUUUUAUAUUGUAUUUGUUUCUCUCUCU